AUGGCGGUGGAAAUUAGUAGGGAAUGCAUCUCAGUCCACAUCGGCCAGGCUGGCGUUCAGAUUGGCAAUGCCUGCUGGGAGCUCUACUGCUUGGAGCAUGGCAUCCAGCCUGAUGGUCAGAUGCCCUCUGACAAGACCCUGGGAGGUGGAGACGACUCGUUCAACACAUUCUUCAGUGAAACUGGUGCUGGCAAGCAUGUGCCCAGGGCUGUGUUCGUAGACUUGGAGCCUACUGUAGUAGACGAGGUGCGCACAGGCACAUACCGUCAGCUGUUUCAUCCGGAACAGCUUAUCACUGGCAAGGAAGAUGCCGCCAACAACUACGCGCGCGGACACUACACCAUCGGCAAGGAGAUCGUCGACGUCGUCCUCGACAGGAUCAGGAAACUUGCUGACCAAUGUACUGGACUCCAGGGAUUCCUGGUGUUCCACUCGUUCGGAGGUGGCACCGGCUCCGGCUUCACGUCCCUGCUGAUGGAACGUCUAUCUGUGGACUACGGCAAGAAGUCCAAGCUCGAGUUCUCCAUCUACCCAGCACCUCAGGUGUCCACCGCCGUAGUGGAGCCCUACAACUCUAUCCUGACCACCCACACCACCCUGGAGCACUCGGACUGCGCCUUCAUGGUCGACAACGAGGCCAUCUACGACAUCUGCAGGAGGAACCUCGACAUUGAGAGACCCACAUACACCAACCUCAACCGACUUAUCGGACAGAUCGUAUCAUCAAUCACGGCGUCCCUGAGGUUCGACGGUGCGCUGAACGUAGACCUGACGGAGUUCCAGACCAACUUGGUGCCGUACCCUCGUAUCCACUUCCCUCUCGCUACGUACGCCCCCGUCAUCUCCGCAGAGAAGGCCUACCAUGAACAACUGACUGUCGCUGAGAUCACCAACGCCUGCUUCGAGCCCGCGAACCAGAUGGUGAAAUGCGACCCCCGUCACGGCAAAUACAUGGCUUGCUGCAUGUUGUACAGAGGUGACGUCGUUCCUAAGGACGUGAACGCAGCCAUUGCCACCAUCAAGACCAAGAGGACCAUCCAGUUUGUGGACUGGUGCCCCACAGGAUUCAAGGUGGGCAUCAACUACCAGCCCCCGACGGUGGUGCCGGGCGGCGACCUGGCCAAGGUGCAGCGCGCUGUCUGCAUGUUGUCCAACACCACCGCCAUCGCUGAGGCCUGGGCUCGAUUGGACCACAAAUUCGACUUGAUGUACGCUAAGCGUGCUUUCGUCCACUGGUACGUCGGUGAGGGAAUGGAGGAGGGAGAAUUCUCUGAGGCUCGUGAGGACUUGGCUGCUCUUGAGAAGGACUACGAAGAGGUCGGAGUGGACUCCACUGAGGGCGAACUUGAUGAGGAAAAUGAGUACUAAAUGACAAAGUUCUAACAGGCUGGAUAUACGGCGUUUUCGAAGUAUCGUCUUGUCAACUUUACUUAGUCGAUUUUUUACCUAUUCCUCCGUUGUAUGUCCAGUCAUUCGAUCACUUGAAAUGUAGCUUGGACGGCCCUGAUUUGGUAUAACUUUACUAAUGUACAACAGCUACAUUUCAUCUGGUGUUUCCAUGAUCAAUUGUAAACGAGUACCAACUUCGUGAUUAUAUCCAUUCAUAUUUUUUCCAAUGUCGUCAAAAUAAAGUAAGAAGUUUUUUACAUUGAUAAUGUAGUACGUAAGAACGUGAGCUUGGACGAGCGUGUGCGCAGUGCAAACUUUUGAGACAAAAAUACUUUCAACGAGAUGAAACAUAAAGUUUGACAAACUGUGAAUUGUAACAAAAUAAUUUGCAUUUAUUAAUUUUAAAAAGGAAUUCGUGAUAAUCUAACAUUCUUGAGAGUUAGAUGUAUAGUUAUAUCAUUUUAUAUCGUAAGCUAACUUAUUGACAACUAAUUUUACGCUUCGGAGAAGUGCAUUUGUGUGUUUGAGAAUAAUAAUUUAUUUUUAAUGCACAAUAAAGACUUUUUACACAUAAA